UAUAUAAAGGCGGAGGACCGGAGAAGACGGACGGCUGGGGAGCAGCAGCCCUGGGACUGUGAAUAAGAUCGUAAACAGCUGUGUUUUUAUUUCCAGAAACUUUAACCGGCGACUUUUUAAACGUUUUAGAUGUUUCCGUGCUUUUUUUAAAUGCUUCUUGGGCUUCUCGCUUGAUAUUCGCGGUGUGUUUUCCCGCUCGUAAUGGCGAGCUCGGCUAACUCGAACCAAGUGCCUAAAGUGUAUAGAACAGUGAUGGAGGAUGUCAUCAAUGAAGUCCGAGAGCUUUUUCUGGACGAGGGAGUGGAUGAACAGGUCCUGAUGGAGCUGAAAACGCUGUGGGAGAAUAAGCUGAUGCAGUCCAAGGCAGUGGAGGGUUUUCCUACGGAUGAGCAGAAGGCUCUGCAGGCCCAACAGCAGCAAGCCCAACAAGCGCAGCAGACGCAAUCACAAACCCAACCGCAGCAGGUCCUCCUGCCUUCAGCGCAGCAGGCUACUCCGCAGCAGGUCAUUGUUCAGGAUCCUAAGAUUUUCCAGCACAUGAGUGCCCCUGGAAUGAGUACAGCAGCAGCUUUGGCUUUGCCUGCAGGUGUAGCACCGAUUCAGCAAUUUAUCACCCCUCAGGGUCAGCUCCUGCAGUUGGUCAGAGCUGCCAAUGGAGCUCAAUACAUCAUUCAGCCCCAGCAGCAAAUGUUGCAGGUCCUGCCACAGAUGCAGCCUGGAGCUGUGCAGGCCCCUCUUAUACAGCAGGUGUUGACUCCUCUUCAGGGAGGCCUUUCCCAGCAGACCGGAGUCAUCAUCCAGCCGCAGCAGAUUGUCCUCACAGGAAAUAAAGUACAGCAGAACACUCAGGCAGCAGCGAUGGCUGUGCAGCCGGAACAAGGAGCUGCGCAUGUUCAGCCGCAGCCUCAAGCACAGGCACCGCAACAACAGCCACAGCAGACACAGGCCUCGCAGCAGCCUCCAAUGGUGCUCCAGGUGGACGGUGCAGGAGACACGUCCUCAGAGGAAGAAGAGGAGGAGGACGAGUAUGAUGAGGACGAGGAUGAAGACAAAGAGAAAGAUGGUGGAGAGGAUGGACAAGUGGAGGAGGAGCCAUUAAACAGUGGAGAUGACGUCAGUGAUGAGGAAGAUCAGGAGCUGUUUGACACUGAGAACGUGGUGGUUUGCCAGUAUGACAAGAUUCACAGAAGUAAGAACAAAUGGAAAUUUCACCUGAAAGACGGGAUAAUGAAUCUGAACGGUCGGGAUUAUGUGUUCUCCAAAGCCAUUGGAGAUGCAGAGUGGUAAAUGGUGAAGAACAAAACCCAGAACUGUCCACUCUUAAGGCAAGACACAUCGAGACCUGAAACUGUACAUUUCAGGAGAUUCCCACUCUGGGGGCUGAAGAGUAACGUCCCAGUGCUACUGUGCUCUUUAAAUGAUACCGGCACAAAAAUAAUGUGUGCCAUCCAAGAGAUUUGUUUCUUUCUUUUUCCCUCCUCCUUUUAAGAUGGCCCUUUUACCUGCAGAGUUUCACAGGACCCAUAACGUCUCUUUUAGAACAAUAUUCUUGCCCCUCAGAUGAAUGAAAACCUUAGGCGCAUGGAGCCAAUUUCAGCACCUGGCGCUGACUUUAAGUUGUGUGUUAAGACGGCCAGUUUUUAACUGCAACCGUGCGUGUUUGUUGGUGAUAUCCGUAGCUAGGUCAGCCAUCUGAAUCCUGUGUAAAGUGAAUCGUCCAACACGAGGACUAUUUCAUCACCAUUUGCCACCUUAUACAAACACUAAAACAAGCAACCAAGAACUGUUCCCAUAAUUUCCUCUCAUAUUUGCUAUGUUUUUAGACCUUUGUAUGUUGAACAGCAGAGAUACCAAUGAAAACAGGCAAGUUAAGUGUAACGUUGUCGAUCUCACUAAAUUGUUGGCGUGUUUGUACGUCUGUCAUGGAUUUUUCUAACUGUACUCUGGCUAAAGAUCUGCUCUGGCAGUAUGAUGCAUGUUUUUGGGCAGUGCAUCACAGAGCUUGUUGUCCUGCGUGUGUUUGUGUGCAAUCUAUUGUGUUAGGUGUCAAUGAAGUGCUCGGUCAGGCCACCCUUCAUUCUUUACUUGCGGUCAGGCUUAUUUUACACAUUUCUAGUAGUUUGUAUUUAUUCCUGAAGAUCAGGCAGUGUUGAAUUUUGGGGGGAUGAAACCGAACUGUGCUCUUAGUGAAAGAAGUGCUCCUUUCAGAGGAGGA